AUAUGUCAAAAGCUGUGCUUAAACUAUAAUAAUAAAGCCUUGAAAAUUUAGGCCCAGUUUCUCACUAAUUUUUUUGCUUUCACCAAUAACAUGGGAUUUGACUUCUUGUGUUCAUCCAUUAAUUGUUAAUUUAUUAUUUUUCAUCUUAACCAUCAGUCUACUAUUUCAUCUUUUGAUUAUUUAUCAUAAAUUCAAUUGAUAUUUCCCUCUUUAUUUAUAAUAUUAGUUGAUUCCACUAUAGCUCUUAUCUGAACCGAUGAACGCUAAUGUUGAUGGAAUGAAUAAGCCUUCGCCCACAGCCAGUGUUAAUACUCCAUCCGCCCAUGACAGUGAUCAAGACUUUGAUCCGUCAGCGGAGAUGUUAAUAAAUGAUUUCGAUGAUGAACAUACACUUGAAGAAGAGGAAGCAAAUGAUGAUUGCAGUAAUAUAACGAAUGAAAUUAUGGAUCUAAAGAAAGAAGGAGAAAUGCCAAUCGAACAACUUCUCGCUCUCUAUGGGUAUGAGCAAUCUGGUAAUAAAGCGGAUAAACCUGAACAACCAGAAUCAUCAAAUCAUGGGGAAGGUACUAAUGAUGGAGGUAAUAAAAAUAAUUGUAGCUACUCUGAAGAAACAGCAGCAAAUGCUAGUCAAGAAACUCAAGUGAAUACACCUUCAACUACGGCUGUGCCUACUUUGACUACAAAUACCCGUUCUUCGAGGCAUCUAGAAGAAUUAUCCUCGCAAUGGACUCUUCCAGCUUCCGCGGCUCCCCUACCAAAUACUAAUUUAUUAAUUGAUCGUGACGAAUCUGAUAUGGAAGAUGACGAUGAUGAGGAGGACGAUGAAGAAGAAGAAAAUGAUGAGGACGAUGAAGAGGAUGAAGGAGGGGAUGACUGGAGGAGAACCAUUCAAGUUGGUUCAGAUUAUCAAGCAGUUAUACCUGACGGUUUAAAUGGAUAUGGUAAUGUACCACCAUACGAGAAUGAGGAUAAACUUCUGUGGGAUGCAUCAGUUCUACCUGAAGAAGUUGUGGUUAAUUUUUUGAGACAAAUUUCUCAGAUAGAUGUGAUUGAAAACACCGAUACUUUAGGUACACCAGGAGGUACUAAUGGUAGUGGUGACAAUCCUGAGUCUACAACAUCUACAACGGUUCAGCCAUUAAAAGAAACGACAAACUUACUACAUACUAGUAAUAUAAGAGACGAUGAAAUCGCGCUUUAUCUACUUCAUCAAUGUGGUCACAAUGUUGAGGAAGCUUUACGAAGAAAGAAAAUACAGCAGAAUAGCCCAUUUGAGACUAUGAGCUCAUGGUCAGAAGAAGAGUGUAUAAAUUUUGAAGAUGGAAUAAGAUUAUAUGGGAAAGAUUUUCACCAAAUUCAGAAAAAUAAGGUACCAACAAGAUCGGUCGGAGAACUGGUACAAUUUUAUUAUCUAUGGAAGAAAACUGAAAGGCAUGACAUGUACGCAAGUAAAUGGCGGGUUGAAAAGAAAAAAUACUCACUUCAUCCUGGUACAACUGACUAUAUGGAUCGAUUCAUUGAUGAACAAGAAAAUUUAGCCCUUCAGGCUCAUUCCAUGUCUACAUCAAAUUACACCAGACAACAAUCCCAUGGGUCAUACUCCAUCAUUCAUUAUAAUUAUAACACAUCAUCUAGUGGAAGCGCAAGCGGUCAACAACCAUCUAAUGUUCCAUCAAGGGAAAAUGUCUCUGAUAAUAUUUCUGAUCCUUCUACAUCUCAAUCGAAUGGAGCAGGUUUGAUUACAGGAAAAUCAUCCAAUUCAGUAUCAUCAAAUAUAACACUUUCAAAUGGACCUGAAACUGUAAAUCGCAAUGUUGCUGUGUCUACCACUACCAACGAUUCUUUAACCAGCGGGGUAUCCCGUGAAAAUGUACAAAUCAAUUCUAGCAAUACCAAUCCAUCCAAGACAACAUCCACUUCAGAUUUAUUCUCACCUCUUUCAAAAAUAAGAAUGAAUAUUGUGGAUAGAUAAAUAUAUUUGGUAAAUAAAAUCCUUAUUCCAACUGUUAUAUAAUUUAAAAUCGAUUGUCCAUUUCCAUCUUUUGACUCAAAAAGUUACAUGUUCUGAUUGAAGCAGACUCCUGUAUACAUUUUACCAUCCAAUUUUCAUUUAAAAUAAAUUUAGAAAGUCUCAGCUUUCUGAAUAAUUAUCAAA